GAAAUGCUGUCAUUCUGGGAUGUGGCCAUUGAUUUCUCUCCAGAAGAGUGGGAAUGCCUGGAGCCUGCUCAGUGGAAUUUGUACAGGGAUGUGAUGUUGGAGAAUUACAGCAACCUUGUGUUCCUUGGUCUUGCUGUCUCUAAGCCAUGCCUGGUGACAUUUCUGGAGCAAAGGCAAGGGCCUUGGGAUGUGAAGAUACAGGCCUCUGGCACCAUGCACCCAGGUGCGUCUUCCUCAAACUUGGGCGAGAGUCCUGCCCUGCUCUACAUUCCUGUUGCGUCUCUGACACGGAGGAAAUGCUGUCCUUCUGGGAUGUGGCCAUUGAUUUCUCUCCAGAGGAGUGGGAAUGCCUGGAACCUUCUCAGUGGAAUUUGUACAGGGAUGUGAUGUUGGAGAAUUACAGCCACCUUGAUUUCCUGGGUCUUGCUGUCUCUAAGCCAUUCCUGGUGACAUUUCUGGAGCAAAGACACGGGCCUUCAGGUGUGAAGAGACAAGCAACAGCCACCGAGCAUUCAGGGACAACACCCAAUGAAUGUAAUGAUUACAGCAAGGUCUUUGGUGAUAAUUCAUUCCUUAUUCAACGCCAGAGAAUUCACACAAGGGAGAAACGCUUCAAAUGUGAAGAAUGUGGUAAGGCCUUUAGUUCUCGCUCAACACUUUCUGUACAUCAGAGACUUCAUACUGGAGAAAAACCCUACAAGUGUGAAGAUUGUUGUAAGACCUUUAAUACUCGAUCUAAACUUUCUAUACACCAGAGAAUUCACACUGGAGAAAAACCUUACAAGUGUGAAGAAUGUCAUAAGGCCUUUAGUACUCGUUCAACACUUUCUGUACACCAGAAAAAUCAUACUGGAGAAAAACCCUAUAAGUGUGAAGAAUGUGGCAAAUCAUUUUACUAUCCAUCAAUGCUGAAGCAACAUCAAAGAAUUCAUUCUGCAGAAAAGCCCUAUAAGUGUGAAGAAUGUGGCAAAGCUUUUUAUGAUCCUUCAUUCCUGAAGAAACAUCGAAGAGUUCAUUGUGCAGAGAAACCCUACAAGUGUGAUAAAUGUGGGAAAUGUUUUUCCUAUUCUUCAGACCUUAAAAUACAUCAAAGAAUUCACUCUGAAGACAAUCCCUACAAGUGUAGGGAAUGUGGCAGAGUCUUUUCUAAGCUUUCUACCCUUGCUAAGCACGAGUUUGUUCAUUCUAGAGAAAAAUCGUACAAGUGUGAAGAGUGUGGGAAUGCCUUUGCUUCUAAAUUUUCCAUGGUUCAGCACAAGUUAUGUCAUACUGGAGAGAAAUCCUACCAAUGUGAAGGAUGUGGCCAAAUUUUUUACUCUACUUCUGACCUAAAGAAACAUAGAUGACUUCACUGUCAAGAGAAACUGUACAAGUGUGAAGUCUGUGGAAAAGCCUUUUCUAGCAAUUCUUCCCUGACUCAGCACAAAAUAGUCCAUACUGGAGAAAAACAACACAAAUGUGAUAAGUGUGGCAAAAAGUUUGCCUAUCCUUCAAAACUGAAGAGGCAUGAGAAAAUUCAUAGUGGAGAGAAACCCUACAUAUGUGUAGUGUGCGGCAAGAUCUUUUGUACUCAUGCAGAACUUUCUGUACACAAGCGAUCUCAUGCUGUGGAGAAACCACACAAAUGUGAAGAGUGUGGGAAAACCUUUUGUAUGCUCUCAUCCCUUCCUCUGCACAAAUUGCAUCAUACAGGCAAGAAAUCUUACAAGUGUGAAGAAUGUGAAAAAAUGUUUUACUCUACUUUAGACCUUAAAAAACACCUUAUAAUUCAUACUGGAGAAAAACCAUACGAGUGUGAAGAAUGUCACAAAGCCUUUUGUAAUCAAUCAGCCCUUAAUAGACACAAGGCGGUUCAUACAGGAGAGAAACUCUACAAGUGUGACGAGUGUGACAAAGUCUUUACCUAUUCUUCAGACCUUAAAAGGCAUCAAAAUAUUCACUCUGAAAACAACCCACACAAGUGUGGGGAAUGUGGCAAAGCCUUUGUUAAUCUUUAUAGCCUUACUCGACACAAGAUAUUUCAUACUGGAGAGAAAUCCUACAAAUGUAAAAAGUUUACAUAUCUUUAGCACUUAAAAGACAUCAAAUAAUUCAUUCUGAAUACAAAUUCUGUGAGUGUGUGGAGUAUGGCAAAAUCUUUGGUAAUCAUCAGAACUUGUCCAACCCAAAUGAAUCCAUAGUGGAGAAUAUUAUUGCCUUAAUUAUUUUAGAAUCUCAACAGGAACAUCUGACUUCCACCAGCACAAAUGCUAAGAAUGUCACCAAAGAACAGUAGAGACUUCUCUUUGUUGUAACCUCCCUACCAGUUUCUUCAAGCAGUGUGUUUGAAACUUGCCUUGACUUAUGACUUUUUCUUCUAUAACUAUAAUUGUUCCAUAAAACUUACCAUGUCAAAACUUUGUUGAGUACCCUGAAUCUGAGAUCUGAGCUGUGGUACAGCUGUUUUUCCCAGAGGGGUCACCCAUGCUCUUGUAAUAACAUCUCCCCUGAGUGUGUAAGAAGCUCCAUAAACUCAUAUUUCUCACCAUGUUGGACUUUGGUGAAAUGGUUGCAUUAGUAACAAUCUGGGCUGAAUGACAUUAGUCAUUUUCUCCCCAGGAAAUGCUAACAAAACACAUUAUCAUAUUUGAUUCCAGAAUAAAGAAUCUCAUUUAUUUUAAGUUCA